UGCAUCCUCGCCUGUACUUGUUGUUGUCUGUCUUUUUGAUUAUAGCCGUCCUAGUGGAUGUGAAAUAGUAUCUCGUUGUGGAAAAUAUAUAUUACAUAGAUUUUUAACCUGCAAAACCCUUUUAAAACUGUAGUCUUACUUCAGACCUUCCAUAUGUAGAACAGGUACAAGAGGAGUCUCUCGAGGCGAAAUGGGGAAGGAGGCCUGAGCCCACCCCCUCAUAGUCCCAGAGGCAAGUUCUCCAGGUGGUUUGAAGACCACUGGCUCUUGGUGCCCUCCCGGCUCUGGACUCUGAGUCGAACCACCAGAGACUACCUGCAUAGCAGACGCCUCAGCCCUCACGCCCAUCCUGGUUGCCUUGGGAGCCCUCGCAACAUUUGGCCAAGCUGUGGGUCUGCCCUGCGCUGUACUGGGGUUGCCACAGUGAGAAGGAGUCCAGUGGCCCCAUCUAUGGUUCCAGCUCUGAGAACAGCUUGUGUAGGAAACAGGAAGCAAACAGGAGAAAUGCUACCACUGCCCCCCUUCCCAAGUCUAGGAAGAAAGGUCCUGGUUGUGCUGAUAGUGCAGAGAAGCAUAGUGGCUGAUGAGGUCGUGAAGCCAAUGGAAGGUUUACCAAACUCCUCAGCCAUGAGUAGCCCUCAUAGCACUAAUCCUCUGAGGUCCAGAGAGGUCGGCUGGAACACUCCCAGGCCCAUCUUCCAUCUCCCGCUUCCCUCUGCAUUAGCAUUCUAGGAGCACCAGGCGUUCUGCCGUUUGAGGGUGGAAUGUUCUGCAUUCUAGCGUUGCCUUGGCAGAGACAAGAUUCCUCCCAAGUUCUGUUCUAUUGGUUGCAUUGCUCUGCUUUCCACAAUUGUGAGAGGCUUGAGUCAUCAGACACAGAUUGUUCUGUUCCUUUGGAUUUUAGGAUAGCUUUCUUCUCUUAUUGAUGGCUAAUUCUUUGGGGAAAAAAAGAUAAUUUAUAGUGCAUACAGGGGCUUUCACUUAGCUAGAAUAUUAGAUUAACCUAGUGCCUGGUUUUUCCCCCAUGACUUGCUGAUUGAGCAAAAUGCCAUAGUGUCUCUUUGAAGAACGCAGCUUCCUAGUUUUACAGAUGUAGAAACUGAAAUCCAGGAGUCUUAGUAACUGAAAGGGAAGAAAGCAUCAAUUAGAACUCUAUUUCAUUUACAGCCCUAGAAUCAGAGAAUGGUGGAUCCAGAGGUGUCUUUGAGACCAUCUAAUCCAACCCCUUGGUCUAUCAAAUGUGCCUGUUUAACUCAUUGCGUUUCUAACGGUUGUGUGUUGAUUGUGUUUAUUUUUAUGAAAUUCCCCAGAGCGGGGUGUUCCCUGAGUUUCAACCUAAGGCAUGACACGCUAAGUGGUCAAGAGAGUAAGUGACGGGUGAAGUCCCAAGAGGAAAGUCCUGUAGGGCAGAGCCUUACGGAAAGUGUGACGUGUGCAUGAGGGCAGGGCAGGGCAGGGCAGGGCAGGGCAGGUGCUGUUGGCUGGGCAAACAGCCUUUGCAAAGAUGUGGGAGCAACGAACAGGGCUUUCCCCUGGGGUCAGCAAGCAGCUGAGAGCAGGUUGGAAAGGGUAUAGACAAGAGGGCCUUAAAUGCCAGGAUCAAGAGUUUUGCCCUAAUUUUUACUUAAUCGGGGGCCUCUGAUGAAUUUUGAGAAGGCUCCAGGCCCCUUUCUCCAUUGCUCCUGCUGCCACCCUGACCCAGGCCCUUCUAAUUUCUUGAUAACCUCCUAACUGGUCUCCCUGCCUCUAUUCUUGUCCCUUUCCAGCUAUAGUCCACAAAGGCCCCCUACGCAGGGGCUUUCUAAAACGCAAGUCUGAUUGUGUCCGUCCCCUUUUUAAGGCCCUUCCAUGGCUCCCUGUUGCUCACAGGACAAGAUCCUGGCUUUUGUGGCUCGGUGUGGCCUGGCCCCACCUUCCUCUACAGCCUCAGGCCCACUGUGCCUCUGCUUCCACCAGGCCCCCUAGUUUCCUGAGCAGCCAUGCUAUUGCAUUACUCACGGCUUUUGCCCACGCUUCUCCAUCCCUCCCGUUCACUUUCUCUGCCUGGUGACCUCUUAUUCACCCUUUAAGACUUAGUGUAAAUUUCCUUUUGGAGACGCUUUCCCUGACCCUCCUGAAGCCACUAUUAUGCCUUGAGUCUUUCUGUUUUGAAGCUCACAUUGCACUGCAAUUAUCUAGUGCCAGAAUCCUGGGAGUUCCCACUUUCGAGUGUUUAUUGUGUGGUGGGCACUGGACUGAGCCCUGUGCAUGCAUGAUCCUGUGUUAUUCUCACAGUAACCACAUGAGGUGCAUUCUGUUACAGCCCCACUUACAGAUGAGGAAGCUAAGGCUCAGAGAAGUGGUGUGACUCGCCCACUGCCUGCAGCUGGAGGGUGACAGAGCUGGGAUUUGAGCCCAGAUAUCUUUGACUAUUUCUGACUCCUUCCAUCUCCUGUUCCCUGGACCCUGCUAUAUCUCCUGAACCCCCACUGUUCGGUGUGUGAGGCACUAAUCAAAGGGGUAGAUGCAGCAGGGUUGCCAUGGUGUGGGCAGGAUGGGGAAAUGGGGCUGGGCUUAACCUGGGGUGGAGGUGAUAAGCAACUGUCAGCCCAGCUCCCCACGGCUAGGGGUUUCCUUUCCACCUUCCAUUCCAAGCGGCUACCUGGGGACAGGCCUGCGGGACUCCAGGCCGAACAGGUGGCAUGGAGACAAACGCCAUGGCAAUCUGCCUCCUCUCUGGGGCCCAGAGGGGAGGGAGGACCUGAGAGAGCCCAGGGUGCUCACUGACACUUCUGGGUUAGAUCCUGGGGAGACAACUCCCUUUGGGCCUGGGUGUCUUCUGCCCUCCCAGAGGGACCCCAGCCUGCAAGGUCCCGUCCCAGCAGGGGAAAUGCCACUUCCACCUCUGUCCCAGAUGAAUGGCUGGCUUUGGCCUCCCAGGAGACUGUCUGCUCCAACCAGGUACAAAUGCCAUCCCCUUCCCACCCCCACCCCCCUGGCCAGAGAGGAAGGAAGAGGGAGCGAGAGAGGAGGGAGGCGUGGGGUUGCCAAGCAAGGUAGGAGCAGGGACAGCGACAACAAAGCCCUCAUUGUACCAAGGCCACACGCAGCUCCAAGGCAAAGCAGGCAUCGUUCCCGCCUCCCAGGACCUGGGCCCAGAGCUCCACCCGGACUUUCUGAGCUCCUUAGCAAUGCUCACCAGAGCUGGCUUGGAAGAGCAAGGCCCUGCCUCAGCUCUGAGUCCUGCCUCUGCUGAGAAGUCCUCCUGAAAUCACAGCUUCCUUCCAAAAGCCAGAAGUGGUGAUGGGAGGAUGGCCAGUGAAGCCAGCCUGGCUGGGGCUAGAAGCCAGGGUCUGUUGGACAUGCAGCUGUGUGACCUUGGACCCAAAUGUGAUAAAAAAUCCUGCCUUGAAGGAUUUUUAUUUGAAGUAAUGGACCAAGGCACAUAAAAGCACUCAGCACGGUCACCUGGCCGCAGAAGUGUUCAAUCAGUGACAGAUGAUCCUUGAAGCCCUCGUCCACCCACGAGCAAGGACUAUCAGCCCCUCCCAAGCUGCUCCUAGUUGAGGCCCUCCUGUGCCCAGGAGGUGGUGAGCCAUUGGUGGCCUUCCUGGCAAGUGUGGAGUAGCACUGUUGUCCCCUCAGCCCGUCUCACUGUUCCUCCUCCGGAAGCCGGCCCUGCAGUUCCAGGAGGCCCCGACUGGGCAGUUGGGGCAUGGUGGGUGGGAUGCAUCCCCAAGCUGGGGCGAGCAGCUCAGGUGACAGGUGGGGUGUCGGCGGCUCCUGUGCCUGGCACCUGACACCUCUAGGCAGACAAUGCUGGCAAUGUCCGAGCCCUCCAGGGAACACGCCACGUCUGUGUCACAGCCAGGAAACAGGCCACCUGAGUAGCGCCGUUGUCCACUCAGGACGCAGCCCCGCCGCUGGCCGGGAUGACCGGGAUCCCCAGAGGCCCUGACGUGGGAAGGGGUGGUGCCCUGGGCAGGGGCUCUGGGGUUUGAGACCCAGCCCCUCAGCAUCUGGUGUUGGCCUGGUUCAGUGUUGGCCCUGCCACACUGGGGCUGGGACUUGGGCAGUCCGUUCCCUCUCGGGUUCCUCAUCUGUAAAGGGACUAAUCACAGCACUUCCUCAUAGGGUUGUUGGGAGGAGUCGAUGGCAUAAUGUACGUAAUGUGGUUGGCACGGGGUCUGGUGUGGAGCAGGGCUUGGUCACUGCUUCUCUCCCCGCAUGGGGGAAGGUCCAGCACACUGUGUCCUUGGCUGAAUCUCCUGUAACCCAGGCUACUGUCCUUAGUUCUUGCUCUGAGCGUGGCAGGAGGGGACUAGGGUCUCUGGAGCUGGCACAGCACUAGCACAUUGGCUGCAAAGAGCCCAGGCCUCUCCACCUCGGACUCCAGGAGCUCUGGGCUAAUGCCCUGUGCAGGCCUCCUUCCACAGCAGCCAACACCAGCCCAGGAUGGGGCCUCUCCCCUCCUUAAACUUCUGUAGGGCUGGCUGCCCUUGGAGCCCAAACCUCUACCCAGGAAAGGGGCCUUGGGAUUCCUGGGCAGGAGGCCAGGUCUGAGUCUCUCUACUGAUUUGUCAAGAGGGCCAAGGAUGGAUCUCUGCAGGCAUGGUCACUUCCUACUGGGUCCAGCCUACAGAGACACCCCCUGGGAGCAGGGAGGAGUCCUCAUCUCCCAUCUGUCUCCUUCCUCAUUUGCGUUGAGCCUGUGCCCUGAGUUCCUGGUGCACCCCACAAUGAGCAUGAGCAUUUGCACGGAUGGGUGCGGGCAUGCCUGUGUGCAGCAUGUGGGCGGGGGGGGGGGGGGGGGCAGGCGAGGGCUGCAUGUCCUGCGUUGUGGGCAGGCCCCCUGAGCAUGUUCACUGAGCCACGUGUGGCAUGCCUUGGAAUGGAGGGGGCGUGGUACCUUUUCAUAUUCGCGUGUAUCCAUAUGUCUUUCUACACGUGUGUGGUGUGUUGGUCUGUCUUGUCUCCCCUGUAGACGGGAAGCCCCGAGCCACGCACCAGCAGGCACUGUGAGAAGGUGACAUCGAGACUAGCGCAGCCUAAUCUGGGGUUCCUGGUCCUGCUCCAGGAGGCCUCCAGUCUGCAGCCCCCGCCGAGGGAGGAUUGACCAGCGUGGGGGUGGGGGUCCGAGAGUCAGGGGUCUGGGGGCCUGGCUUGUAGCGUAGAGGACUCAGUGCUGGGCCGAGCCAAUUAGGAGGCCCUGCCCCAGUGUCAGUGACCUUGGGCGAGGCCUUUGUUCUCUCUGGGGCACAUUCACUCAUGUGGAGGACACGGGGCUGGACUGAUGAUUUCUGCCCGCCCUGAGGCUCUGAUGAUCGUGAUUCUAAGUUGGGUGGUGGGGUGAGAGCCUGCUAAAUUUGUUGGUGGAGGCAGCUGUGGCCUGAGCCUGGCCUGCCAGCCCCCAGCUCGUCCUGGGUGUCCUGCUGAAGGGUGAGAGGAGAAGCCAUGCCGGGCAGCGGCCCCAGCGAGAGGAUGACGUGGCCGGGCCCGGCCACCCCCGCGGCCCCCCCAACCCACCCUCUCUCCUCAGCCCCGGGGACACCGCCCAUCCCGCCCCUCACCCGGACCCACAGCCUCAUGGCCAUGUCCCUGCCAGGCAGUAGACGGGCCUCUGCUGGAUCCCGCAGGCGCGCCAUGAAGUACACGCUGUGCAGUGACAACCAUGGCAUCAAGCCUCCCACCCCGGAGCAGUACCUGACCCCCCUGCAGCAGAAGGAGGUGUGCAUCCGGCAUCUGAAGGCCCGGCUGAAGGACACACAGGACCGGCUCCAGGACCGGGACACGGAGAUCGAUGACCUGAAGAUGCAGCUGUCGCGCAUGCAGGAGGACUGGAUCGAGGAGGAGUGCCACCGCGUGGAGGCCCAGCUGGCCCUGAAGGAGGCCCGCAAGGAGAUCAAGCAGCUCAAGCAGGUCAUCGACACCGUCAAGAACAACCUGAUUGACAAGGACAAGGGGCUGCAGAAGUACUUCGUGGACAUCAACAUCCAGAACAAGAAGCUGGAGACGCUGCUGCACAGCAUGGAGGUGGCCCAGAACGGCUUCGCCAAGGAGGACGGCGCCGCCGAGUCGGCCGGCGGGUCCCCCGCCCGCUCCCUUACCCGUAGCUCCACCUACACAAAGCUGAGCGACCCCGCUGUCUGCGGCGACCGCCUGCCGGGUGACCACCCAGGCGCCUCUGUGGAGGACGGGGCUGACAGUGGCUUCGCGGCGACCGACGACACUCUGAGCCGGACGGAUGCACUGGAGGCCAGCAGCCUGCUAUCUUCGGGGGUGGACUGCGGCCCCGAGGAGGGCUCCUCGCUGCACGGCUCCUUCAGCCUGGGCCCCCGCUUCCCCGCCAGCAACACCUACGAGAAGCUGCUGUGUGGCACGGAGGCCGGCGUGCAGGCCAGCUGCAUGCAGGAGCGCGCCAUCCAGACGGACUUCGUGCAGUACCAGCCGGACCUGGACACCAUCCUGGAGAAAGUGACCAAGGCCCAGGUCUCCGGGACAGUCCCCAAGUCAGGGGACAGGUGCCCGGAGUUGGAUCCCCACCCCCUGGGGCCCAGAGACCCCAACUCUGCAGUGGUGGUGACGGUGGGUGACGAGCUCGAGGCCCCGGAGCCCAUCACGCGGGGGCCCACCCCACACCACCCUGGUGCCAACCCCAGCCCCAGCCCGUCGGUGGGCGUGGCGUGCCCCGUGGAAGAGGAGGAGGAGGCGGCCGCAGCCGAGAAGGAGCCCGGGAGCUACUGGAGCCGCCACUAUAUCGUGGAUCUGCUGGCGGUGGUGGUGCCAGCCGUGCCCACGGUGGCCUGGCUCUGCCGCUCCCAGCGGCGCCAGGGCCAGCCCAUUUACAACAUCAGCUCCCUGCUGCGGGGCUGCUGCACCGUGGCCUUGCACUCCAUCCGCAGGAUCAGCUGUCGCUCGCUGAGCCAGCAGGGCCCAAGCGCCAGCACUGCUGCAGGCGGCAGCUCGCAGCUCUGAGGCCCCAUCCCGGCCCGGGCUCCGGAGGCCUGACUACCGAUUGUAGGGGUGCCGUCCUCCCUCUCGCACCUUCCCGUGGGGCAUCAUCUUAUUUAUUUAGUUUUGGGUUUGGAGGUGGUGUUUUCAGAAUGGUAACAGUGUCAGGGGCUGGGAGCGGGGGGUGGGGGAAGGUGUCCCAAAACUGCAACAGGAGAGAAGGGAAGAGAGAGACCAAGGGCAGGGAGGCACAGGGAUGGGACACACUGCAGAGAAAGAAGGUGGUGAGGCCCCCAACCUGGCCCCCCUGCCCCCCUGGCCUCUCACACAGGGCAGCCCCUGCUCAGGAAGUCUCUGGUGUGCUGAUCUGGGGAGGCCGGGCUUAACUUGUCUGCCAAGCCUCCCCGUCCCCCACCCCCAUGUCCUGUCCAGUUCCCUGCCCACCCCAAGCCUUCUCUCCCAAGCCACCCCUUGCCCUCAGCCCAGGCUUCUGGGCCGGUAUUACCUCCUCAGACGGAGGCAGCUGCGACCCAAAGUACAGGCAACUGGCCGGGACUCCGAGCGGGUCUGGAACCACUUGGCCUGGGCUGAGCUCCAUCCCCUUCCGGCUGCUCCCCGCUUUGGGAGCACGGUCAAGGCCAAGGGCUGGAGGAAAGAUGGUGAUGGGCAGAGGGCGGUGUGGGUUCUGUGUCUGUCUGUUCGUCCCAGAGCUUCCCCACAUCUGUUUUCCUCCUGGCGCUUCUGAGUGUGUCAGAUAAUUUUGUGAGAGCCAGACAGGCGAGUGCCGGGGUGUGAACGCUAGCCUGAGCCCAGCUCCUGUCUGGAGACGCUGCCAGCAGGAAAGGAGGAGGCGGGGGCUGGCAGCUUAAGGGGGCACCUCCAGCCUUCUGAGACAGGGCCCUGCAGCCUGGGAGGCAGGGCUGGACUCGGCAACCGCCAGCUGACUGCUCCAGGUCUGACUGCCCUGGAGCGCACCCUAGUUUAUCCGGGGACCUUGGGACCAACUUCUGCUUUGCACUGUGUUCACUUUGGGGCUUGCUUCUCACGCAUCCCAGGGUCUCCUGUGAGGUGGCUGCUUGCUUUCUAGGAUGAGGAUUCCUAAAUCUUACACCUUUCUGCCUCUGAGGGGAAUUCCAGCGGGAUGAAUGGCAGGAUGAGGUUUUGAAGCCAUGAUGUCCGUCCAGGCCUAAGCAGGGUGUCCUGGGAUGUUUCCCAGGUAGGGGGUGGAGUGGGGCUCCCAGCCCAAGCCCAGUCAGCCUGGGAAGGCCCCCCUCCUUCCCCGGGACCACAUCUAGGUCCCUCUGCAAAGCUGCUGACAUGUUAUUUGCAUUAUUAUUUUACAGAGUAAACCCAUUCCUCUUCCUCUGCAGGGCUUAUACCUAUCUCGUCAUCCCACCCACUCUUCAGAGUUAGGCCCUACAUUGCGGCGGGGGGAGGGUGUUGGUGGGACCCUGUAUCUCACUCACCCCUCUGGCCUAGGGGCCACUCUGGUUCUGCCAAGGUUGCUUGCCCACCCCCGCUGCUCUGACAGCUGUUGCCUGACGCAUGGGCUCUGCCCUUCCUCUCUGUGCCGCCUACUUGAGGGGGGAUGCCUGCAUGCACUGGGGGUGGGCAGCCGGCCCAGCCAUCGUGGGGAGAGCCCCUCUGCCACGCGCUUUGUGCCUCCAAAGCUCCCCUUCCUCGCUCUGGGCCUCAGACCUGCCAUCCUUUGUGGAGCACCCCUCCACCCCAGUCGAACCAAACCCAAACUCUGGGGGCCGGGCUGGGCUGCCCCACGGGACCUGGGGGUCGUGACGUGGAGCGGCAGUGGACAAACCCAAAGCCAAGCCAGGACUGGCUGCGGACCCCGCCUCCCGUGCCGCGUCCUCACGGAGCUGCGUGGUGUCUCCUUAGAAAUAGUGAACAGCUUUGCCGAGAAAAUAAAUGUAUGACUAUUAUAUUUGACAACAUAAAAUCUAUAUAUUUUUCACCACUGGAAUCUAGUCGAGCUGCGUAGCCGCACUGCUCCGGUCUGCGUCUUGCUGUCUGUGGCCUUCCUACUGUGUCUUGUGUUUUGAUGGACGUGGUCAGGGCCGGGGCUGUGGUCCGCUCUGUCCCUGAUGCUGGAGGAGCCGCUCGUGAAGAGCGUGGACCAAGGACUCUGGACAAGGUGAGCGGAGCUGGCACCGCCCUCUGCUCCUGCUGUGGCUCAAGACCUGCCUGUCUGGUCAGAGGGCCUCCAGCCCACAGUGUUGGGGGUGCCUCUCUUUUGGGGGGUCUGGUGGGACCUUGACGGGCUUUGCCUCUUGUCGGUGGAGGAGGCAGCUCUCUGGCCCAGGCCUGGGACAGACGCUGGGACGGCGUCGGCCAGGCCCCGGCUUGUGCGUGUGUGCGUGUGUGUGCUCAGUACCCUGCAUCUAUGCAAAAGGGGCAGCGCUGCCUGGGCAGCUCCCAGGGGCGGAGGCGGAGGCGCAGCGGCCCACGGGCUCAGGCUCCAAGCCCUGACUGCAGGACACAGGAUGUGGGACCAGGAAGCGAGGCCAGGGCCCGGGGGCCUCCCGCUAAGUGCUCAUCCUCCAAGGCUCCCCUUUUCCUUCCUGCUUAAUACCACCUCCUGCUGGGCUGUGACCUUUCCCUCCCGCCCUCCGCUUCUGCCGCAGAGAUCUUUGGGGUCUCCCCUGUCCCCAGCCUCUGGCCAGAGCUGAUUAGAUCCUAAGGGACCAUGUUCUCAGGAACCACCUUCUGGAACUGCUGGUCCCUUGGGGUCCCACCUCCAGAAGUGGCUUCUCCUAAGCUAUAGGGUCCAGGCCAGAGCUGCUUUGCUGCUCCUCUCGUCCAGGCUCAAAGCAGAAAUCAGUCUGCGGCCGGGACUCUGCUCAGAGAGCUGGCCUCAAAUGGAGUUUAUCCCAAAUAUCUCCCAAGGGGAUAACUUAGCUUUUCACUGAACACCCUUCCCAGUCGCCACUAGCACAGGGGUAUCUGGCAGCACCUUGGGGGGUGGGCUGGGGGCAGAUGACAAGGUUCUGGGGUAAAGGCCUACAGAGGGGCCUCUGCCCAGGGAAAUCAUUACCCCCCUGACCUAGGAAUCAGUGCACACAAGUCACAGUGCACUGCUGCAUUCAGCCAUGCCCUUGACAGAGAGUUCAGGGGAUACAGGAGGGGGAGGUGGGGAGGGGUCUUCACUUUUGUCUUCUUUGUCCUUUUGAUCAGACAGAGUUGUACCUACAGCAGACAGCUCUGAAUUAAAGCAUGAAAACACAACAAGAU